AUGAGCAAAGGUAGGUCGCAGAAGCGUCCGUCUCCCUUUUCUCCAACAGUGUUGGCUGCCCUCCUCCCAUCGAGAUUCAGAAUGCCCGACAUGAGAGCAUUCAAUGGGAAUUCUGAUCCGCAGGAUCAUUUAUACGACUUUAACAACCUCAUGGACCUCCACCAAGUCUCUGACUUGGCAAAAUGUCGUUGCUUGGCAGUAACCCUUAUUGCCCAUGCGAAGCGCUGGUUUAGGUUGCUUCCAGCAGGAUCGGAGAUGGGUGAAACCCUCCAAUCUUAUAUAGAUAGGUUCAUUAGGGAGCUCUACAAAGUGGCUCACACUCCCGAAAAGUCUGUUCGGACUCUCAUCAUUGCGGGAGUUCGCCUGCAUACAUACUUAUGGAAGGAACUGCAAUCUGAGAAUGAUGUUUCCCUUACUCGCUUCUACAACCUUACUGAAAAGUACCCCUGUAUUGAAAGUUUCGUGGCCGCUCUCAAUCGCCAUGACCUGGGUCCUUCGGGCAAUUCUCCCAACUGA